GAGUUAGUAUUUGUGAGAUCUUUAAUGGAUUCAGGCCCAAUCUCAACUCUUACUGCAGAAGAGUUGCAGUUGCGUUUCCAGUCAAGUAACAUCGUUCCAGCUGUGAUUUCUGACAAAUUGUUCGCUAUAGUGAGAGGUACUUUUUCCAAACUUACGAAUCACUUACGUCUCUUUCAUGGAUUUUUCACGAGGUUGAAUGCAGGUUUAAGGUUGAAUGGAUGAAAAGUCAUCCUCCUGGAGGAGAAAAUGACUCUGUCAUCGAAGAAUAUAUGAAAGCGACCUUCGGUUAUCGACAGAAACAAAUCAGAACCAGUUUGACUGAGCCAGGUCUCGUCAUGGCGGAAUACCCUAGGUUUAAGGACUUCCAGAAUGGAUCGCUGUUUUUUUCAGAUUUCAAGCUACUCUAUCCAGAAGCUAAGGAUUUUGAUAAAUCUUUCAAAGAGAAAUACUUAAACGAAAUCUUUCUUUUGGCAAAUCGUAAAAGCGUCGAUAUCCCUCAGUCUCCUGAUGAAUGUUUCAAAGCCAUGUACGUGUUGGUUAAACUAACUCCGAGCAUCACCAAACUUCGCAAAAUUAAUUUAAAAUUAGUCUUUGAAAGAUUAAUAGUUUUCGUAAAGGAGAAUGCGGACUUGAUUUCCCUGAGCGAAACUCGAGAGGCACAUUUGAAACAACCGUUUAUCUGCUGCAUGGGCACCAUUGAAAAUCCAAUCAAUUAUUGGCUAGUAAUUGAUCGGGAAAUCGUCCCCUGUGGAAAAGAUUUCGCCGAGGUAUUUAUAAAUUUGUUUUCGUCUUUUUAUAUCCUAAAUUUAAAUUAUCCACAAUAUUUGGCAGGGUUUUAUGGUUUUUUUGAAGAAUGUGUUUUUGAAAUCAAAGUUUCCUCUCCCGCUGUUACGGCAUUCCGUGCUUCCCUUGAAUCGUUACGUACUUUAGCCAUUUAGCCUUGAGUUUUGUUUACUGAUGGCUGUUAGCAAAAUCAUUCUCCAAUGUGAUGGCGCCCGCAUUUGCGAAUGAUUUUGCCAACUCUCUCAUCGAGUUUAUAAUCCCUUACCCGUGGAAGUAAUCAUGCAUAUACAUGUUCUGGGUUAAAAGUUAUUAUUAAGAAUGUUGCAUUGGUUUUUUUAGUUGAUCAUUGUUUAGCACGUGCUUUAAUCGCUUUAAUCUGUCUUUCUUAUAUUUUGACGUGUUCUCAAUACAGAUUACUUGAGUAUUA